AUGAACGUGACGAAGCGACUCAAACCAACGGGGCCCGAGCCGGCCGCCUUGCCGCAGGACCUCCUCGAGAAGAUAUUGGGCUACCUCGACAUGCACACUACCUUCUUCGCAGCGCUGGACGCCCUUCCAACGGUUGCGAGAAACCCGUUCCUGCUGGCUCUCUCGACGCUUCGUCACGAGUGUCCGCCAUGGCUGCUCUGGCCGAUGCUUUAUGUGCGUGACGUUUCGGCCGAGACGGCAGGGCUCAGGGCAGUCUUUGAAUGCGCGUUAAGCAGCCACCCGCGCGUUCAACUGGAAUCCAACAGCCCGGUCCGGUACUUUGACAUGGCUUCUGGCGAUGUGCACUUGACGGUGGACGCAGUUGUUCUUGUCCAUCUCAGUGCGGCGUCCUUGGCAACGGUAACCGACUUGACCGUGGACAUGACGGAAGGACAAUCGCUCCAGGGUGUGGCCGCGCACUUGGCCCACGCCCGCCACCUUCGUUCGCUCUGCCUUUCGUUGAACAUCCGUGAAUUGGCCCAAGAGGACACGCUUCCGAUCCUUCGCGAGACGGUGUCAUUCUCUCUGCGCUCGAUGCAUCUCAAGCUCUUAGGGGAUCGCACGCCUUUUGUCGACGAGGCCAUGUCGCGCCUUCUGGCACAAGCGCUCGUGUCGUUUCCCGCCAUGUCGCGCUAUCUGGCAGCGCGUCUGCUCUACGACGCGAUCGAAGAUGCGCGAAAGCUUCACAGCGUCCACUUCUUUGCAAGCUCGGACCUUGCGUGUUUGCUCUCGGCCUUUGGCCAGCCGUGGACAUGCCACCGUCUCCACGAGCAUGGAACACGCUGCAACGAGAGAGCGACUGCGUCGGCCGAGCAAGUAUUUCCCAAGAUUAAAGCGUGGACUAUCGAGCCACGGUCGUCCGAGACAAGCCGUGCCUUGAGGUCGCUGGCCGUCAUGACUUCCGCGCGCCGAUGCUCAAUGACUUUUUGGGGCGAGCUGGACGAGACGGACUUUGUGACGGAGCUUUUGCCGCGCCUCGGACGACUCUCGCGCGUGCAGUCAGUCGCACUUUCGGGAGGUCAGCUCUUUGAAAACGCGUCUCGCAUCUCCCCACUGAUCGAAACUCUGCGUGGUUUGCGUCAUCUGACGUCGCUGCGCCUAUCGUACACGGGCCUCACAUCGGACGGCCUUCGAUCACUGCUCCCGCUCGUGGCCGCGCACCCCCAGCUCGCGCACCUCUACUUGAGUGGUAACGACUUGGCGGACGAUGCAGUGCCAUUGCUUAAGCAAGUGAUUGCAACGUCGCAAAUUCAGUCGCUUUGGAUCACCUCCAACGAGCUCACGGAUGACGCUCAGGACGAACUCCUUGACUACACCCGUCAACUGCGUCGGUCGCCACUGUACCUUGCGCUGACCUUGAUAGACUGCUGCGAGAACGAGGGUGAAUGA